UCUUCUGCAAGACUGUCUCUCUUUCUUUCCAUCUCCUUCUCCAUUUGCUUCUAUUCUUUUCUUGGCUCAUGCUAAAAUCCUUUUCUUCUCUCACCCGAAUCGACUGGUGCAACAAAAGUUUAAAGCCCUAACAAGGUAAGAGAGUGGGAUAGAGAUAGAGAGAGAGGAUUUGCAGCUCACAUGGAUGGCAAUGAGAGGGAGAGAAGUUAGCGUUGGAGUUUUGGGUUAGGGUUAGGUUUUCUCUUGGGACGUGGAAUGGUGCUUCUGGGAUUGGGGAGCAAUGUCGGUGCCGUAGGGGGCUGUUGAUGGGGUGCGGGAGCUCGAAGGCGGAGGAGCCGCCGCUGGUGGCGCUGUGCCGGGAGCGGCGGGAGCUCAUCAGGGCGGCGGCAGAGCACCGGUUCGUCCUCGCGGCGGCACACGCCGCCUACUUCCGCGCGCUCGGCCGCGUCGGGGAUGCCCUCCACCGCUUUGUCCAGGAGGAGCUCGUGGCGGUGGCGCCGGCGUCCCCCGUCCUUACAUUGCCGCCGUCCGAAGGGAAGGGCAAGGCGAAAGCCAAGAUCGAGAGGUCGGAGGGGGAAAGCCACGGUGGCGGCCCGGUGGGCGCUUCGGCUUCCUCUUUUGUUUCGAUCUCCCGCUCGCAUUCCGAUGAUUCCCACCUGCAUUUGCCGUCCGACGAUGAGUCCGAGGAGAUCACUGGGGAAAGUAGUGAUAUUGGUGGAGGCAGUGAGGAUUCGGAACGUUCUUUUCCUCAUCAUCCAUUCUAUGGUGCUCCCAUCCCUAAUUACCACUACAUGAAAUCGGCCUCCACGGUCUCCUCCACCACAGUUUAUCAGAAUAGCUAUCCCACAUGGUCCAACACGGCCCAUGUGGGAUAUGGCUACUACGGCUAUCCAGUGUACAGUGCCCCGAUGGAUCCAAUGCAGCCGCAUGCUCAUGAUGAGCAUUUCUAUCAGAACCCGCCUCAGAGGGAGGAUAAGCCUUCUGAUCCCCCUCCGCCGCCACCACCCGCAGAUGGAUCUGCUUGGGACUUCUUUAACCCUUUUGAUUCAUACGAGCAGAUGAUUCCUGGGUACUUACACGGAAACUAUGGAGUGGGUUCGGUCACAAGCAGUCCUAACUCGAGCGAAGUAAGGGAGAAGGAAGGCAUUCCUGAUCUGGAAGAGGAAACAGAGCAAGAGUCUGUUAUUGCGCCAGUGAAGGAGAGGAAGGGGGCAGAUAAGGAUGCUGCAGGGAGUGUUUCUGGUGAGAGGGGCUCGAAUGUGGCAGCAAUGGAGCAAGAAGCCAUUGGCAAAGGUGAUGCAGUUGCGCCGGAAGUAAAAGAAGACAGUCAGGAUAUUUCUUCGGUCAGUAAAGUCGAAGAGGAUGAGAUGGAAAAGAAUACGAAGAAGAAAACUGUGAUCUUUGAGGACAGAACAUCACUUGUCACAGAUGACAGCAAACCGAGUAAAGAAAAUGCAUUAUCUGCACAUGGUACGAGGAACGUGAUGGAAGUUGUGACUGAAAUCAAAGAACAAUUUGAGUCAGCUGCUAACUGUGGUAAAGAGGUCUCUGAGAUACUUGAGGUAGGCAAGUUACCGUACAGAUCAAGAAACCGAAUUCUGAGAGUGAUUUUAUCGAGAAUUUUGGACCCUGCGGUUCCGCCUGUUCGGCCAUCAUCACAACCAUCAUUCACGAGUUCACAACAUCCAGCUUCAAGGUCAUUGAAAGUGAAAAAAGCUGAUCGUGCUGCUUGGGGGAAUAUGGAUAUUGAUCCUGGCAAACUUUCAUCAACACUUGAAAAGUUAUAUAUAUGGGAGAAAAAACUUCAUAAAAAUGUGAAGGAAGAAGAAAGACUGCGAGACAUCUAUGAAAGGGAGUGGAAGCAACUCAAAGCUUUGGAUGAAAGUGGUGGAGAAUCUUGGCAGAUAGAUUCUACACAGGCUUCCAUAAGAAAUUUGGUUACAAAACUGAACAUUGUGAUUAGAUCUGCCAAUCACAUUUCAAGCAGGAUACACAAAAUAAGAGAUGAAGAGUUGCGACCCCAGCUGACUGAAUUAAUCCAGGGAUUGUUGAAAAUGUGGAGGUUUGUGCUUGAUUGCCAUCACAAGCAGUUUCAGGCCGUUGUUGAAAGCGAAAGCCAGAAUUUUGUUGCCAGAACAGGUGGUUCUGUUGCUAAAGCCACCAUAGAAUUGGAGGUGGAACUCUUGAACUGGUGUGCCUGUUUCAGUAAUUGGAUCAAGGCUCAAAAGGCUUAUAUUGAGGCCCUAAAUGGGUGGUUGCUGAAAUGGCUUCUCCAGGAAAGGGAGGAGACACCUGAUGGGGUUGCACCAUUCUCCCCGAGCCGAAUUGGAGCACCUGGUGCUUUUAUAAUCGCAAAUGAUUGGUACCAUAACAUGGAUGCAAUAUGUGAAGCUGAAGUGAUAGAUUCGAUGCAGACUUUUGCUAUAAACAUACAUAGGUUGUGGGAGACACAAGAUGAGGAGCAGCGCCAGAAGCUAAAGGCCGACUAUUUGUCCAGAGAUUUUGCGAGAAGGCUUAGGUCACUGCAGAAGGAAAACGGGAUGCAUGGACAGGCACAUGUGCCUAUCUCGAAUGGUAACGAGGCUUCACAUCCUGAGCACAAGAUUUCCUUGGAUGCAAUGAAAAGAAGACUGGACGAAGAGAGGGCCAAACAUGAAGAGACCAUAAUUCAGCUCCAGCAGGCUACUGCCAGCAAUUUAAGGAGGGGUUUAGUUCCAAUAUUUCAAGCACUGGAGAAUUUUUCCUCGGAGACAUUGAAAGGUUAUGAGGGAGUUAGAAUCUCGAAUGAUGGUGUUGGAACUUAAAAAUAGCUCUGCUGGUUUAUUUUGGUUUUCCUCGAAGGGCAGGUACUUCCCAAUCUGGAGGUUAAAUGGCAGUAUAAUUCUAAAAGAUCCAACAAUUGCUCAGAACUAAAGGAUACGAUGUGGAAGGCUCCAAGUUGGACAAUAGCUCAUGCCACUCUCUGCAGAUUGUUAAGGGUUGGGGUUAAUUGCUGCAUUUAGAAUAACUAUAGGAAUUACAUUAUUCGUUAAUGCAUUUUUGAAGGACAGGUUUUUGGUGGCAGUGAUGCUGACAAGGAAGAUGUGCUUCAGUGCCAAUCGGCAGCAAGGAAACAGCAGUUGAGCUCUCUUUUUGCUCCUCCUGUAAUGAGUGAAUCUUAGAAUGGAACAGUUUAGCAGAACUCAUCAGAUCGUACUAGCACAGGCUGUCUU